UCUCUCCUAUAUAAACGCCGUCAUUUCACCAACUUACACUUGAACGUUCACCUUCCGAAUAAUCAGUUUUUAUCUCCGGUUAUUUUUAAAACCCUUGGAUUUAUUCUGACUCCAGUCAAGUCAGUCGCUAUGAAGUUACUCGUGGUGUUGUUUUUGGGCUUGAUCGGACUAUCAGUUGUUUCUUCUGGAUCAUCAGAUUAUGGUCAACUUCCAAGCAAUGCUGAGAUCUUAAGAGCGAUGGAAAAUUCACGGAUAAGACAGCCAAUUUUUAAAUGUUUGAUGGGUACUGGUACUUGUGCUGGAAAUGGUGGAAAAGUCAAAAAGUUCAUGUUGGAAGUCAUGAAGAACAAUUGCAACAAUUGUACUGUAAGUGACAAGAAACGCGCUGUUAAUCUGAUGAAGGAGAUAAGAAGUCUAUAUCCAGUUGAUUGGGCAAAACUGGUCGCCAAAUACGACCCGCAUGGAGUUUACGAAAGAAAACUUUUAGCUCAAAUAGAAAAUCAAUCUUAGAUUAUUUGUACUGUUAAAAUGAGAUAAUUUUAGUCGUUAAUUAUUAAGAUAAGAAUUUAUUUUUAUGUAAUUGUAGUUAUCGAAAAACGUGUUUAAUAUUAAAAUAAAAAAAAAUCAUUAAUUGUUACACUGAAAAUCGUUAUUGCGAGUUAAAAAAAUUUAAUGAUAAUAUUAUUUAUUAAUUCCGUUCUCUUUUGAUAUAAAUUACUGAUGAUUA